UCCGUCACAGACAAUAUAGUAGGGGAAUCUCUAUACGCCUACAUUGUAAAUUGGAGUUUUUCUAUAGUUCGAACAAUUCAUCAUCAACAUAAACUAAUAAAUGGCUCAAACUAGUCGGUCAUCAAUAUUUGUCUUAGUUCCUCUCCUGCUUGCCUUCGUGGUGCUGUUGAUUCCUAGAUCAACAUCAGCCCAACAUCUUUGGGGAUAUCAUUGUCCAAAUACCACCAUGUUUGCCAACAACAGCCAAUACGAAACCAAUCUCAAUGCUGUCUUCCAUUCUCUCUCCUCCAACGCCACCAACCCCAGCGGUUAUGCCCAAGCAGUUGCUAGAAACGGUUCAAAUGAAGCUGUCUAUGGCCACUUCCUCUGCCGUUUAGAUCAGCCCGCUGCCUCGUGCCGCGACUGUUUGGUUACCGCCACCACCAAUGAUCUACCCCGGAUUAGAUGUCCCAACAGGAAGGUGGCAAUAAUAUGGUAUGAUGAGUGUAUGGUAAGAUACUCUAACGAGUCGUUUUUCAGGAGAAUGGAUGCAGACCCAUGGUUCCCCUUAACGAACGAGAAGAACAUAACAGGAAAUAUUACACAAUUUAUGGAUGCCGUUGGCAAUAUGAUGAAUGAUUUGAGGGUCCGAACAUCAAACGGCGGUCCUCAAAAAAAGUACGCUGCCGACGCUUCAAAAUAUUCGAGCUUGGUGACGCAGUAUGGGUUGGCGCAGUGUACUCCGGAUAUAAGUGCUUCUCAAUGUAAUAAAUGCUUGAGUAUUGCAAUCGGAAUGCUCGCCACUAGUAUUGGUGCGAGGGCUGUCAUGCCCAGUUGUAACGUAAGAUAUGAGAUCGACCCCUUCUUUGAAGGUGCUACUGAUAUUUCAUUGCCACCGUCAUCUUCAUUACCAUCGCCGCCGCCGAUGAGUUCCCCCGAUGGAAAGAAGAAAGUGUCAACAAAGGGGAUACUUGCCAUUGUCGUUCCUCUAGCUGCUACGUCAUUGUUUAUGCUGUGCAUAUGGAUUUGUUACCGUAAGCGAAAAUCUAAGUCCAAAUUUGAACCUAUUGAAAAUGGUGAAGAACUGAUAACAGUUGAGUCUUUACAAUAUGGGCUUAGUACGUUGCAAGUUGCGACGAAUAAUUUUUCGGAUGAGAAUAAAUUAGGUGAAGGGGGAUUUGGAAGUGUUUAUAAGGGUAUUCUUUCAACUGGACAAAACAUAGCUGUAAAAAGGCUCUCUUUAAGCUCUAGCCAAGGGAUUCAACAAUUCAAGAAUGAGGUUAUGCUGGUAGCCAAGCUUCAACACCGAAAUUUGGUCAGAGUAUCGGGAUUUUGCUUAGCAGGAGAAGAAAAGUUGCUUGUGUAUGAAUAUGUUUUCAACAAAAGCCUUGAUUAUUUCCUUUUCGAUAAACAAAAACAAGGACAAUUGAACUGGGAAAGGCGCUACAAUGUCAUAUUAGGGGUUGCUCGAGGAAUGCUUUAUCUCCAUCAUGAUUCUCGUUUGACAAUCGUACACCGUGAUCUUAAAGCUAGCAAUGUGUUACUUGACGUGGAUAUGAACCCUAAAAUUUCAGAUUUUGGGUUAGCGAGAAUAUUUGAAAUGGAUCAAACUGAAGCAAAUACAAACAGGGUUGUAGGGACUUAUGGGUACAUGUCUCCAGAAUAUGCAAUGCACGGAAAGUUUUCUCCAAAAUCUGAUGUAUACAGCUUUGGAGUUCUAGUCUUUGAGACUAUUAGUGGCAAGAGGAUUAAUAGUUUCUACGAAUCAUGCUAUGCCGAGGACCUUCUCAGCUAUGCAUGGAAGCAAUGGAUAGCUGGGACACCCUUGGAGUUUGUGGAUGCAACAAUAAGAGGUUCGUGCUCGCUUGAUGAAGUCGUAAGAUGCAUGAACCUUGGUUUUUUAUGUGUUCAAGAGUCCGUAGACGACAGGCCUACAAUGGCAACAAUAGUCCUCAUGCUAGAAGGUCAGUCUCUCACAUUGACGGCACCUAAAGAACCUACUUUGUGCGGGAAGAGCUCAAUCUUUUCUAAGCACGUGGAAUCAGAUCAAUCAAACAACAAGUCAAUUCUUGGGUCUGUAAAUGAUGUUUCUAUCACCGAGAUGGAACCCAGAUAACAUCAUGGGUGCAUAGAGCAAAUUAGUAUUAAUAUACGAUUGUUAUGUCAUUUAGAUUGAUGCUCCGAAAAACUUAUUCUAUGGCCCCAUGCAUACACUAAUUCGUUUAAUUAUGCAGCAAAUAUUUAAUAACAAUAAAGUUUCAUCAUGAUUGAAAUCUAGUUAUAAAUCAA